UCCAAGCAACAUGCAAUCGUCGCAAGUCUUGCUGUUGCUGCUGCACGUAAUCGCCUUCCACGUAUCACAGGGAUCGUUCAGCCGAUUCCCGGUACCACCCGGCGGCGACAAUCGGCGCUUCUCCACUCAACUGUUCCAGAUGAUCGACUUCUACAAGCAGCCGGAUCCGGUGGGCCUUCCGGUGGGAUCGAUUCCAGAUCCACUGCCGAUUCCCGCCUUCCGGCAGUCGAUCGCAUUCACCUCUAUGGAAAUGCGCAAUCUGAUGACGUACGGUCUGUCUCGCUUGAGGGUGCGUCUCUUCCAAGCCGAGCUCAGUUCCAUGACACUGCGGCUGGAAGUGACCAUGGACGAGUUGCUGGUCAACGGCAGCUAUGCGGUCAGUAUGGGAUCCAGUGGACCAUUUAGUAUGGUGAUGAGGAAUGUACGUACGGAAGGGAAUGUGUCGCUUGGGGUGGAUCGCGAGGGAACGCUCCGGACGAGGGACAUAGAGCUGGACUUUGGAUUCGAAGGUAUGGCGAUGGAUUUCCAGAACCUGGGUUGGUUCGGCCGGGUGUUUCAGGGCUUGGUCAACUCCGCUCCGAACAUGGUGUUCGAUAUGGUGAAACCAUACAUGCUGAAGGAAGUCUACACAAAGCUUCAAGACGAAAUCGAUUCUCACAUUGAGCUGCAGGUUCAGGAGCGUGGCAUAGUGCUGGCAAAUUCAGUGUCUCCACUGGAUUUGGCGAUAGCGGAGGCGAGGUUCCUUAUGAGAAGGAAGGGAUUUGAUCCUUACCUGGUACCGGACUACGGGAAUUCGUUGAGCAUUUUCGGUCUGCAAUUGACCGGCACCAGGUUGCGUGGGUUAUCCAGUUUUUACCGCAGUGGAGAGCUGGAGAUUUCCGUGAAAAACAAUACCAUGGACUGCGUGGUCCAAGUAGGCACGGGAAGGAUCGAGGGGUCCACACGGUGGCAGCUGUCGGUGCUGCGAGGCUUAGUAACGCAAUCAGGAUCAGUUUACUUUGCUAUCGAAUCCGUGGGGGUAUCUAUCAAAGUAGCUCAACCGCUGGAUCUUCGCCAGAAGCCUACUUUGUUGAACUUGCAACUGGAGCUGGGAAACAUUCAAAUUUCCAGCUCCGGGGCCGGCUCGUUGGAUUACCUGGUGGAAGCCGGGGUUAAUAUUCUGCCUAAUUUGCUGCGCUACCUACUGGUGGGUGCCAUCGAGGGUCCCCUGAAGGCACGGAUUCGCGAAAAGCUGGAUUGUAUCAACGUGGAGCAGUACGUCAAACGGCACGUGGUGGACUUCGAGCGGAGUGGCACGAACAUGCUGAUUGAUUGGAGGCUGUGCGAAAGGAAAAUACCGGAUAAAUAAACUAAUCGCGAUUUCGGGGGAGAACAUUGUCUUUGGAUUUUCUCCGUCAUGGUUCAUUCGAGCUUAUUUGGUGGCAUUGUCCGCCAUCGCCGUUGGCGUUGGGUGCUUUAA